GUGUUCGUACAUUUUUGCUGGGACCAUUAAUACAAUACUGUAAUCUUACUCCCAGAUUUUUGUGCCAGUAACAUGGAUUGUAUUAUAUGGUAUACGAAUGACAAUCCAAGGGACCUGGCUGAAAACUAAGCGCUUUGCAUGAAAGGCUUGAAUUUAAUUAACAAUGUUUUAAUUUACUUUUUUAAAGUUCAUAUAUAUUGUCUAUUCUUAAGUUCAAAUAAUUAGAGCCUCGAAUUGUGUUCUAAAAGCAUUACGAUAUUAACCUUUGCUACUGCUACGCCCAAGCACGGACCUAUAAACCGUAUAGGUCCGCUGCUCAAGUGAUGUCGACAGAAAACAGGUCUACAUCAUGUAUAACGGAUAUGAGGGAGGAGUAGCAACCACAGAGAACAACAACAUCUCGUGCAAGGGAAAGAAGCGGCGACUAAGCGGCGAUAUGGACACUGGCACGGACAACUGGAUGAAUAGAGGUCGCUCGUUUCUGCCGGUGCGGGGCGGAAGUGACGUGUUCAGCACAGAGGAGUGGAAGGCGACGGGGACCUCGCUGUUCCGGCCGCUGAAGCAGGACUUGUACAUCAACAUCCACAAGUAUGACCAGAUCAGCGCCGCACAGGGUUCGUUCUUCACCGCCGACGAGGAAGGAAGCUUCAGUCAGUCGCUUGUCGGCCAUGUUGUCCACCUGUGGCGGUAUGACAAACACCAACGAAACUAUUACAUUGCUCUGUCCUUCUUGUUUACAAAUCACCAGGAGUUUUUACGAGUUCAGUCAUUCCUUCAGCAAGUUUGAGCGGACUUUUCUCAUUGUGAACAUGUUGCUACUUGGUAAGAUUUUAGAACGCCAGUAACAGACAUGCCCGAUGCCAGUAUGUGUCAGGUUGUAUAUGUAAUCAAUGACACUUUCAGUGGAUGUCCAAAUUAGCUCAAGCCCGUUUUUUCUGUAUGCCAAGUAGUGUAAGAAUUCGGGCAAGUUCACCCAAUGACUACACUCCACGACACGAAAGGAAUGAUACGAUUUCAAACUUAUAAUAAGGGACUUGUUUUGAAAUGUUUGAUGUCUGUGCCAUUGCGAAAAGUCAUGAACCAGUACACGGUGUCCUUUUGUAAACUGAAACGCCACGGAACUCGGGAGAUAUUUCAGAUUUUACCAAGUGACACAAACAUCCUGUUACAGAGAUUUCGCCAGCCUUCCAAUUUUACCAACGAGUUAACUCUUCCACGUGAAAUGUGUUACUCCAUUUUUACAUCCAAGUGAAAUGUUUAGCCCUAUUUUUAAGAACGGGUCGAAUGUGUAGCCCCGUUUUUACGAUCGUUCGAUUCGAAAACAAACUAUGCCUUUUACAGGCGUUCUUUGAACUUAUUCUUCGAUAUAAACGCUAUCAGUUGCUUGUUCUAGCCUUUGACACAUUUAUACAUAAGAAUUGCAAGGAAUUUUUAGACAUGUACACAUUGUAAAUUUUGUAAAUGUUAUGCGAUGCUCAUCUUUGUCUUAUUGAUAUUGUUUAAUUAUAAUUGUUGAAAUUUUGUAGUUGCAUACGUUUUGUAAAGUAAUUAAAGAUUAAAGACU